GCACCGAGCGCUCAGCGAGGUAGAAGAGUUAUCGUGAAGUGUGUAGUAACCGCUUUACGUUUGCUUCUCUGUGUGGAAAUCGACAGUCACAAUGGGUAGCGUAGAGUCCAAGUGUAAGAGUGUGGAUAUCCGCAGCAACAAGCAGGCAGACCAACAGGAAAACGGGCAUGUAAAAACCAAUGGCGACGCCCCCACCAAUCAGAAUGGCGAUGUAGCUCCGUCUAAUGGCUCCGCUGAAGCCGCUGAAUCGGGAGAAACCAUCGAAUCGGCACCCCCCGCCAACGGGGACCCCAAACCUGAGGAUCCACCGGGAAAGCAGGCAAAGAAAAAGAGGUUCUCUUUCAAGAACCUGAAGUUCGGUAAUAACCCCUUCCGCAAAACCAAAAAAGAGCAGGCGCCAGGAGAAGAGACCCCUGCAGAUGAGAAUGCAACAGAGUCCCCCCAGGAACCAGAGAACAAGGAUGAAGCCGCGGAAGCAUCUCCAGAAGCAGUAGCAGAGAAUGGCGAAUGUGAGCCAGCAGCGCCCUCUAGUGAUAAUACAGAGGAAGUACAGCCUGAGCCUACUGCCCCCACUUCUACUGAAGAUUCCCCGAAACCUGUAGAGAAUGAAGCCAGCACAGAAGCCUCCACCGAACCCCAGAAACAGGAGGAAUAGGAGCGAUGCAGGCUCCUCUUUUAAAAGACUUUAGUGCAUUGAGCCUUCCUUCUCACGUACCCCCUGCCCUGUCACCCUUGGAGGGAUAAAUAGUCCCUGUUUGUAAGUAUGGGGCUAUUUCAGUUUAAAUUUCCUUGGACAAAGUGUAGCCAUCCUGUAUAAACCUAUAAUCUGUCCUCUCUGCAUAUACAUGUGUGCUAGCAGAAACAAAUGCCUGCAAGGGACACAUUUAUACACGAGUCAAACCCAGAGUGUCUUUUUUGUUCAGUUAUGUGACGGCUCCCAUUCAUGCAUCAAUGGAAAUCUGUAGGGAAGAUUUCUAUGGACUUCAACUCUAAGGAAAGAUAAAUUAAAGCUACAUACAACUGAUACAGCGUUUUUUUCCCUCCAGGCUCCUUUAAAUACAGUGUUUGAGGGCAGACCUAUAUUGUGCCAAAAGCUGCCUUCCUCCACCCUUCCAAAAAAGUUCCUUCACUGUACCACUUGUAGCCCCUAGAGCAGAAACUCUUGUGUAGGGUGGGAUCACUUCCCUUUGGAGCUGACAUUGCACAUCAUCUGUGCCACCACUAAUUCUCUUGGGCGUCCUAAGGUCAUGGGUAGGCCUAAAUCAGAGCUUUAACUGGUUCUGUUUUUUAAUAUCUGGGCUCAGAGUCCCAUCUUGUAUGUCCCCUCCCCCCUGCACAUUUCUUUACCCGAGUGUUUGUCUGCAGACUGGAACUCCUAGAAUGAACUUUUUGUGAAUAAGCUGAAAUGGCAGUUUUAGUCUGGCUUGGGAUGUAAGUUGUGAGCGUGGGUUAAUUUCUGUAAAUACUUUAUUUUUUUAAUGGUCUGUUUAUGUGGUGACUUUUCUAACUCAAAAGUUGUAUGUUUUCAUUGAUAUUUUAAAAAAAGAAAUAAAUUUUAACCCCCUUUA